AUGAUGACCGAUCUGCAUGAGAUGCUCGAAAAGGCGAUGGCCAAAACAAAAGACUACGACAGCGCCGUGUUCGCACGCCGUAUGCGCAGCUUCAACGAGCUGGACACGGCGCCGGAGUGGCUGAACAAGCUGAAGUGGCAAUUCGACGAUAUUGGACCGUACGAUACUGAUACCGCCUACAUCGUCGCGGUAAAGGGACGCACGAACCACACCGGCUAUUGGGCCAGCCUAGAACGCGAAGUGCCGCUGCAAGAAGACACCAAACUGUGCAAGAGCUUCGUCUGGCGCAACCCGACAAACCGAUGGUCGCACGAUUGGGAUGAGACCGUCCAAAAGACGGUUGAGAUGCUGAAG